CAACAUGGGGGCCGCUUAUACCAUGACAUGGUUCUUUUUUAUUUUUGUAUAUUUAUUUACGAUUACAGAACAAAAUGUGAGACAACGAAGACAAAUAUCACCAGAACAGCCCCGGAUGAUGACGAUGAACGGGCACCUGAUUUUUCAAACAGGAACCAAUCAUAACAUUACAUUUAAAUCCCAGGGAGGGGGAUAUGUCAACAUCGAUGGAGAAAAUGUCCAACAAUUAGCUGGCAUGAUCAGAAGCAAUAAAGCAGAAAUUGAUCACCUUAAAACUUCACCAACAGUUGCUCCCAGUAACCUGGAAACGCGGGUAUCUAACGUAGAACAGCGACUCAAUAACCUGCAGCCGACAGGGGAGGUCCAGAAUCAGCUGACGUCACUAGGUAACCGGGUCAACGCCCUGGAGAUCAGUGUGCCCAGCAACUUACCUGUGAGACUGACACAGAUAGAGCAACAACUUAAUUCCUUGACAACAUCUGGUGACCUCCAAACGGCCUUGACUGACAUUAGGUCAAGGUUAACUACAUUAGAAAACAGUGACAGAAGGGAUAACUCACGAGCCCGAACUAUAAACAGGAAUGUUAGAAGACUUCGGAGAAAGGUCAGAACUCUAGAGCAAAACGUCCAGACACUACAACAGCUGCUGACCCAGAAUGAGUGUAGCUCUAACCCGUGCAGAAAUGGAGGGACGUGCGUGGACAGAUAUAAUGGUUUCUUUUGUCAGUGUCCCCCAGCCUGGAAGGGUGUCAUGUGUGAUGAAGACGUGAACGAAUGUGCAGAAUAUGCGGGAACAGACAUGGGAUGUCAAAACGGAGCAACAUGUCGCAACACUCCGGGAAGCUUCACAUGUCAGUGCGCGGCUAACUGGUAUGGCAUUAGGUGCUCUGAACGUCACGAUGACUGCAACCAGGCGUCACACGAAGAACUCUGUGGACACGGAACAUGUGUCAAUUCUGAACGGGUACAACCUGGGCAGCCCAAAUACACUUGCAUCUGUGACGAUGGGUGGACGACGAGCGGAUCUAAUCCAAUGUGUGUAGUGGACCGUGACGAAUGUUCAGAAGCAGGACCUCGAUGCUCAGUGGAUCCCAGUGUGCCGUGUAUAAAUGUACCGGGCUCUUUUUACUGUGGCCAGUGUCCGGCUGGGUUCUCUGGAAACGGAUUUUCCUGUGUGGACAUCAAUGAAUGUGAAGUUAAUAAUGGCGGCUGUUCUUCGACCCCAAGAGUAGACUGUAUCAACACGAGAGGGUCCAGGACUUGUGGACCCUGUCCACCAGGUUACCAGGGUAACGGUGUCACGUGUAAUUGGGUGGGGUUGUGUAGCGUUAACAACGGCGGAUGUCAUCCACAGGCCGCCUGUCAGGAAUCUCCAGGAAUUCAGGGUGUAACCUGUACCUGUCCUCCUGGGUAUGUAGGUAACGGCCAAGGACCUAAUGGGUGUGUCGCUCAGGGGGUGACGGAUGGACCGUGUGCCAGUAACCCCUGCAGAAAUGGAGCUGUGUGUCAGAACUCUGGGAAUACCUAUAAUUGUGUCUGUCAGCCCGGAUAUGAAGGGACACAGUGUCAAACCAACACCAAUGAGUGUGCUAGUAAUCCCUGCCAAAACGGGGGCACCUGUACGGACCGACUCAAUGGGUACACCUGUAGUUGUACUAGUUCCUACACAGGAAAUAAUUGCGAGCAGGAAGCCCAGUCUUGCGGCGGCGUUUUAACCCAGGAGUCAGGUACAUUACGCUAUCCAGAAGAAUCAGGAACCACUUACCCCCAUGGUGUCAGUUGUUCCUGGAGAAUCACCACCACUCCAGGAAAGAUCAUUAGCGUAACGUUCACUACCUUCAGUAUCGAGCAGCAUCCUAACUGUGAUUAUGACUAUCUACAGAUCCACGAUGGUCCCAGUGCCACGGCUUACAAGAUUGGGACUUACUGCGGAAGCACGCCCCCAGCACGUGUCAACACGACUCAGCAUCAGAUGUAUAUCUGGUUCUACAGCGAUCAGUCUGUGUCAUCUGACGGAUUUUCUCUAAACUGGAUUUCGGCUGAUCCUAUAUGUGGCGGUUUGCUGAACCAGGGGGAUCACGGUUCUAUUUCCAGUCCUGGUUAUCCAGGAAACUAUCCCCAUAACAGGGACUGUGUAUGGAGGGUGAUGGUGUCCCCUGGCAAGAACAUCAUGUUCACUUUCGCAGUUAUGGCUUUGGAGCACCAUGACAACUGUAGCUAUGACUAUGUAGAGAUCCGCGACGGAUUAGACGAGAAUGCACCUUUACUACGGAAAUACUGCAGUACGUCGUCUCCUGUCCCAAUAACAACCACCAAUCCAUAUGCUCACAUCAAGUUCCACUCCGACGCCUCGUUGUCAGAUCGAGGCUUCCUAAUGACGUAUGCUGCCGUGUCUGCUGGACCUCAGUGUGGUGGACAGUUCACGUCAUCAGAAGGGGUUGUGACGUCACCUAAUUUCCCGUCGCCGUACAAUCACAGAAGUGAAUGCGUGUGGACGAUUACAGUACCAGCUGGUGAUACAAUCACUCUGACCUUUACUACUAUUGAUAUCGAAUUCGAUACAACAUGUGGCUACGACUUUGUGGAGGUGCGUGAUGGACCUAACGAAAUGUCCCCAUUGUUUAAUAAAUUCUGUGGCACUACCCUUCCCGCCCCUCUGACAACAACAGGAAACGUCAUGUUUAUAAGAUUCUCCUCGGACGCCUCCCAAACAGGACAGGGAUUUAGAGCAACCUGGACUACAGCUUGUGGAGGAACUUUCUCGGAGCCAGAGGGAACAUUUAACUCACCGUCCUAUCCUAAUGCUUACCCCGCCAACAAAGAGUGUUUAUACACUAUCAACCAGCCCCUGGGGUCCGUGAUAACCCUUACUUUUAGUGCCUUUGACCUAGAGGGAUCUAGCAACUGUAUUUACGAUUACCUCACGGUGUAUGACGGUGGUAGUAUGCAGUCUCCCCUCCUUGGUCGGUUUUGUGGUCCUCAGAUCCCGGGGCCCCUCUCCUCCACCCAAAACAUGAUGACGGUCAGGUUUGUCACAGACGGAUCAACCCACAACACAGGAUUCCAGGCUUCCUACACCUCAACAGCGGCAGGAUGUGGAGGAAUGUUAACAGACCCUACCGGAAGUAUAUCCAGUCCAGGCCAUCCAAACACAUACCCUCAUGGAGUGAACUGUACCUGGACGAUUCAAGCCAGUCCAGGGCUGGUGGUUCGAUUGACGUUUAACGCCUUCAGCAUUGAGAGUAAUGCCAAUUGUCAGUAUGACUAUGUAGAGCUCUAUGACAACUAUACUGCCAGUUCUAACAGUCUCUUGGGAAGGUACUGUGGAUCAGAUAUGCCUCCUUCUAUAACUUCCUCCUCUAACUUCCUAACAGUUGUCUUUGCCUCCGAUGAAAGUCUUGCCUACGAAGGAUUUUCAGCCGGAUACGUCACUCUAAAUGCAUCCACAAUCUGUGGUUCGGAACUCACCGAUUCUACGGGGGUCAUCACCAGUCCUAACUACCCUAACAACUACCCCCACGAAAGGGAGUGUGUGUGGACAAUCACUGCCUCGGACGGGAAUCAGGUCCUCCUCAAUAUUACCGACUUUGUCCUGGAGAAUCACGCCAACUGUCAAUACGACUUCCUGGAAAUCCGAAAUGGUGGUUUUCCCAGUUCGCCUUUGGUCAAUACAUACUGUGGUACAACUAUAGACAAUAUUAUACGGUCUCAUAGUAACAGGAUGUAUAUAAGAUUUAAAUCCGACGCUUCACAGUCUGCCAGGGGGUUUAGGAUCUUCUACGAUACCACCGCUGAAGGUUGUGGCGCAGAUAUGAUCAAUCCAACGGGAAGUUUUGUCUCCCCAAACUAUCCAAACCAGUACUCCCAUAAUGCUGAGUGUUUCUGGACAAUCACUAUCUCCCGAGGAAGCAGGAUCCAUCUCACCUUCGUAGAUUUCGACUUUGAGAACCAUCAGUCCUGUCGCUAUGAUUAUGUCGAGAUCCGUGAUAGGUCUCCAACAGGCGAUUUACUUGCCCGUUACUGUGGAAAUCAGAUUCCAGACUUUAUAGACUCACCGUCCAACAAAUUAUGGAUAAAGUUAAAAGUCGACCAUUCUGUAGCAGGAAGAGGAUUCCAUGCUUUCUACAGCAGUAUAUGUGACACAACUCUGUCAGACUACAGCGGGGUAAUCGAGAGUCCGAAUUUCCCGAAUCCAUAUGCCCACAACCGGAACUGUACGUGGAUCAUCCAGACGACAUUAGGAAACACUAUUAAUGCCUCGUUCUCACAUUUCCAGGUGGAGACCCAUACUUCCUGUGCUUACGACCAUCUACAGAUACGUGAUGGUAAUUCCCCAACCUCCAAUUUAAUUGGGACAUACUGUGGUAAUAACAUUCCUCCGUCCAUAACAUCCACUGGCGAGCAUCUAUGGUUAAACUUUAUCUCGGACUUCUCCGUGGCAGGAAAUGGAUUCCGACUAGAAUAUAUAACUAAUGGUUGUGGAGGUUACUUUACACAAAACACCAACUCAUUUACCAGCCCGAACUACCCUCAACCAUACCCUCAUCGUCGUCAGUGUGUGUGGCAAAUUGAGGUUGCCACGGGGCAGGCCAUAGAACUAACAAUAAAUGACUUUGAUGUAGAAGUUCAUGCCGAAUGUCGAUUUGAUGGUUUAGAGGUAUACGCCGGUCGCGAUUCUUCGGCGCCGAGAUUGGCUCAACUUUGCCACAAACAGACGUCACCACAGGUUCUGACUACCACCGGAAACCUCAUGCAUAUCAUUUUUCGUAGUGACGUCAGCAUCAGCGGGAAAGGAUUCAGUGCUACAUAUAAAGCAAUACCAGACGGUUGCGGUGGCAAUUUUAGCACCCCUUCAGGUACACUAAUGUCGAAGAACUACCCUGAAAACUACCCCCAUAAUACAGACUGCGAGUGGUUGAUUACCGUACAAGACACGAAGACUGUGGUCCUCACCUUUGAUGAGUUUGAUGUUGAAGGAUCCUCUGAUUGCAGAUAUGAUUACGUGGCCGUAUAUGACGGGAAUAACUCAAACUCAACAGAGUUGAUGAAACACUGUGGCCGAUCCCUGCCUGUCCCCCCAGAGUACAGAAGUAGUGGACAAUACAUGUACGUGAAGAUGAGAUCAGACGUUUCCCUGUCUGGUAAAGGAUUCAAGGCGCACUACGUUACAGGUUGUGGUGGUAUUAUUAAUGGGGAGGAGGAUGGUGUCAUCAUUUCACCAAAUUAUCCCAACUUCUACGACAGGAUGAAUAACUGCACAUGGCUCAUCAGGGCAGACCACUCUGAUGAUCGUAUUACUCUGACUUUCACUCACAUGGAUGUUGAGGAGUUAUCGGACUGUACAAAGGAUUACGUGAGGGUACUAAACGGUGAUGAUCUAGACGCACCGGAAAUAGGGACUUACUGUGGUAGGACGAUUCCAAGCCCAAUCACUUCCUCGGGAUCCGCCAUGAUUGUUCAGUUCGUCUCUGACAGGUCAAUACAGAGGUCAGGGUUCAGGGCAUUGUACACGAAGUCUUUGUCCAGCUGUGGGGCCGACAUAACGGCUCAGAGUGGAUACAUCGCCACCCCAGGGUAUCCCUACCAAUACCCCCAAAAUACAGACUGUGUGUGGAACAUCCGUGUUCCUCCUGGCAAUAAAGUUGGAAUAUCAUUCCAGACGUUUAAUAUACUCAGCCACCCCACCUGUAGCUAUGACUACGUGGAAUUGAGGGAGGGUGAUGUUCAUGGUCGACUGAUUGGGAGAUACUGUGGCACGAGAUUACCCGGAAAUCUGACGGCUGCUAACGGACUCUGGAUGAAGUUCCACGCCGAUGUCUACGGUUCCGGAACAGGAUUUUUGGCGGAAUUCAAUACAAUGUAUGGCGGUGAUCUGACCGGAAGUUCAGGACAGGUUGCGUCCCCUAACUAUCCUAACCAGUAUCCCCACAAUGUUAACUAUGUGUGGACGAUCACUGUAGACGUGGGGCUCAGGAUCCGAGUGACUUUUAACUCUAUAGACAUGGAGUCCAUUGCAAACUGUUACUAUGACUUUAUCAAGUUUCUUGAUGGUCCUGAGGCUGAUAGUGUUGAGAUUGGCAGAUUUUGUGGCACUUCCGUCCCAUCGCCAUUCAUGAGUACCGGUAAUGUAAUGAGGGUGGAGUUCCGGACUGACUUCUCCAGUUCUGGUCAAGGAUUCCUUUUUCAAUGGGUGGCAACCAGUGAUCAAAUUCCCUCUACCACCGUGGCUCCGGGAUCCACCACUCCUAUUCCGGGCUGUGGUGGAACACUUGGCGCCAGUAACCAGGACAACACAUUUACCUCUCCUGGGUAUCCGGAUGGUUAUGCUCAUGGUUUGAACUGCUUGUGGGUCAUCACUACACUCCCGGGGCAUCGUAUCUGGCUCAACAUUACUAACAUUGACCUAGAGGGGCACUUCUCGUGUUCCUAUGAUAAAAUCACUGUUUAUGAUAACGCAUACGGAAAUGGUCGUUCCUUGGGUCAAUUCUGUGGCAGGGAGCCAAAUUCUGUCCCGAUUUUGUCCACCACAAAUGACAUGUCCGUCAGAUUCCAAACAGAUACCUCAGUCAAUCGUACUGGGUUCACCAUCAAAUAUCGACAAGCUUGUGGGGGGCGUAUGGUAAUGAGCCAGGGAGUUAUUGCUAGUCCAAGUUAUCCAAGUCCAUAUCCCGGGAAUCAAAACUGUGAGUGGGUGGUACAGGUCACUACGGGUCGUACUAUCCAGGUAGUCUUCAACACUUCCUUCAACGUCGUGGGAUCCGUCAGUGGAUGUGAUGGUGAUUUUGUGCAGCUGCUAAAUGGUGAUAAUGAAAAUGCGCCACCAGUGGGCAGUAGUACCAACGGCCGUUACUGUGGAAAUCAGAGCCCCGCUACCCUGGAGACGGGUAGUAACAAACUAUACGUUAAGUUUGUAUCAGAUGCUGCAGGUUCUGCGGCAGGUUUCCGGUUAACCUUCACCGAAGUACACGUGCAAUGUGGAGAGAGUAUCACAUUAACCCAUAACGUGCCACAGACGUACAUCAUGUCACCAAACUACCCGGCGGUUUAUCCACAUAAUGUGGAUUGUGUGUGGACUAUCCUAGUCCCGGCUACAGAGACUGUCCAAGUAGAUUUUGAGGAAAACUUUAACAUUGAGAACCAUCCGAAUUGUAACUUUGAUUUUGUCGAGUUCCGUGACGGAGGAACGGCUAAUUCGCAGCUGAUUGGUAGAUAUUGCGGGUCUACACGACCAAGUACUGUCAAAUCCACAGAGAAUGUACUGUAUGUUCGCUUUAGGACUGACAACAGCGUACCACGCGGCGGAUUUAAAGCCCUGGUUCACUUAGCUCGUUGUGGCGGUACUUACGUUGGACAGACUGCUAUGAUUGCUUCACCAAAUUUCCCGAGGAGUUACGGAAACAACGAGAAUUGCGAGUGGAAUCUGAGAGGUCCCACGGGUCAUUUCCUGACCUUGACCUUUCUCAGUUUUAGCCUUGAAUCCAGUGCCAGCUGUGCCUCGGCGGAUUACGUGGAAAUCAGAGACCUCAAUGCGACAGGUCCAGUAUUGACGACUUUGUGUGGCUCCCAGAUUCCCCAGCCCGUCAUAACAUCAGACAGUUACGCCCACAUCAAGUUCAUUUCCAACAAUGCCAACACAUUCCCCGGCUUCCAGAUGAAGUUUGACGCCAGUGUAGAAGAAUGUGGAGGAGAAUUCACAACCAGUACAGGUACAUUUACUUCCCCGAACUUUCCCGGCCAGUAUCCCCAUCGUCGUAUAUGUACUUGGUUAAUUAAGGUGCCCCAGGGCAGGCGAGUGUCUUUGACGUUUGAGUCUCUCAACAUUGAAGCAUCUUCUACUUGUUAUUAUGAUUACGUUUCGGUGUAUAACGGUAUUUUACGAGAUUCGCCUGCUCUAGGACGGUAUUGUGGUACCACCCCGCCAUCUGUGGUCGAGGCCAGUGGUAACACAAUGAAGGUCGUCUUCUUCACGGAUGGUUCUGUCAGUAAUGGUGGAUUUAGAGCUCACUACUCCUCACUGAACGAACAGAAAUGUGGCGGUUUGUUGACUCGACCUUUUGGUAAUGUGUCAUCUCCUGGCUACGUCAGCGGUAACUACAGUAACAGAGAGGAGUGCACGUGGUUCUUUAACAACCAGAACUUGACAAGUUCCUCCAUCUUUAUCCAGUUCAGCAACUUAAGGCUUGAAUCACAUACCAGAUGUGCAUUUGAUUUCCUAGAGAUUAAAGAAGGCAACUCAGAAAAUGGAGAAUUGAUUGGAAAGUAUUGUGGAAACACAACAUUACCAGACCCAAUUAUAUCCCCUUCAGCCAAUCUGUGGAUGAGAUUCAGGACAGACAACUCCAUCGUUGAUCAGGGAUUCCUCUUGACCUAUACUUAUACCGAUUGUGGAGGAAUACUUACACAAGAUAAUGGAGAAAUAGUAAGCCCCAACUUCCCAUUUAAUUAUAACCACAGUGAUGCAUGUGCAUGGCUGAUUUUGGCUCCAGAAGGUUCACGAAUUCAGGUAACCUUUAAGAAUUUCUCCUUGGAAAAUCAUCCUCGGUGUAUUUUCGACUAUGUUGAUAUUUUGAACGGUCGCUAUGUCAGUUCGCCCUCGAUCGGUAAGAAGUGCGGGACUACCGUACCAGAGCAGUUUACUUCUCAGAGUAACGGAAUCAGAAUCAUCUUCAAAACCGACUACAGUGUGUCUGCUAAUGGAUUCAAGAUUCAGUACAACUUCGUUACAGACGGAUGUGGUGGUCUCUAUCACAGUAAUACAGGUCUGAUCUCCAGCCCUAACUACCCCUCGAGCUACCCCCACAACACGGAGUGCGUCUGGGAUAUCAAUGUAUUGGAUGGUUAUCAUGUGGUCCUAAACUUUAUCCCGCCUUUCGACAUGGAAGCUCACGGCAGCUGUGGAUAUGAUUAUGUGGAGGUUGAUGAUGCUCUAAGAAACGGAUCUCUAGUCAGUCAAGGUCGCUGGUGCAGUAACUUGACCCCUCCACCACAGAGAUCUACCUCACGACGGCUGGUCGUGAAGUUCCGGUCUGAUCCUGCUGUCAAUGGAAACGGCUUUGCUGCAAACUGGACUGCUGACUGUGGAGCGUUGUUCACCGAAGAAUCGGCUGACUUCGUUUCGCCGGGUUAUCCUAAUGAAUAUGGUCACAACUUAAGGUGUAACUACACUAUAUCAGUUGAUCCUCAACGAUUUAUUGUCUUUAGUUUCUCCAGUGUCAAUUUCCACCUAGAAGGUGGCGUUGGAUGCCGUUUUGACUACGUUCAGGUGUAUGCUGGGAACGAUACCAGUGGGCGUUCAUUGGGUAAAUUCUGCGGGACUGAUCUCCCUGACCCCGUCAGUUCAUUGGGAAGCAUGUUCAUACAGUUUGUGACGGAUAGUAGUGUGGCUUUCUCGGGAUUUAGAGCCCAGUACCGUACUUCAGAUUGUGGUGGAUAUUACACGGACGCCUACGGUACAAUACAGACUCCUACCUAUCCCGACGUCUACCAUCACGAGGCCAACUGUACCUGGCUCAUCACUGUGGCCGAAAACAGGGUGGUGGAUCUAAAGUUUUCAUCCUUUGAUAUCGAGGCCCAUCCUUCUUGUGGUUAUGACUACGUAGAGGUUCGCGACGGUAACAGUCUACAGUCCCCACUCCUAGGUCGGUUUUGUGGUAAAGUCAUUCCUAACGUCAUUAGGAGCACAGGAAAUUCAAUGCUGGUUAAUUUCGUCACAGAUCCAACAGUGGCGUACGGUGGCUUUAGGGCGGGCUACUGGACAACAUAUGGUGAAAGGCAGGGCUGUGGGGGUAUACUGAACUCUACAUCUGGUCGUUUUGGAUCAGUAGACAUUGAUAGAAAUGGGGUAUAUGAAGCACAGAAUUGUAAAUGGACGAUUAUAGUGGGUGACAACAAGAUUGUCAAUCUCCGAUUUGAGAGCAUGGAUUUGGAGGAAGUUAGGGAUUGUCGAUACGACUACGUUCUGGUGCACGACGGACUGAGUGAGGAUGACCCUCUUAUAGGAAAAUAUUGUGGAAACCAGAUUCCCGCGCCCAUAAAAUCUACCUCCAAUGUUCUGUACGUCCUAUUUGUGGCUGAUUUUACCGUGCAUCAUGCCGGGUUCAACGCUACUUACCAACAGGAAGACGCUCUCUGUGGAGGUGCGUUUUCGGCCACGGAUAGUCCUCAGGUCAUCAGUUCUCCCUCCUAUCCACGUCCUGUGGGUCAGGACCUAAGAUGUCGCUGGACUAUUGACUCUGGGGAUGAUUCCAAACAGAUCCGGAUUUCGUUCUCUGGACUUAACCUAAUCAGUGAUAACAAUUGUUCCAUGGAGUACAUAGAGCUCCGGGACUCACCUUUGGGUUGGAGUGGGCGGUCUCACUUGUAUUGUGGCACAAAUCUUCCUCCUCCAUUUGAUUCAGCGGGGCGGACUCUUCAAAUUAAUUAUGUGGUGACUUCCAGCUCUGGAAGCCAAGGAUUUUCACUAAAAUACGAAAUAGCUAAUUGUAACAGAACAUUUACGGGUACAGGGGGUAAAAUCUUCAGUCCUGGAUGGCCAGGAAACUAUCCAAGGAAUACGUAUUGCGAGAUUUCGAUAUCAGCACCGGCCGGAACUUUCGUCACUCUCUAUUUCAACUUCUUCCACAUCGAACCUCACUCCAGAUGUCGUUACGAUUAUUUAGAGGUACGUAAUGGCAGCUCUGCGUUGUCCCCGGUCAUUGGUCAGCUGUGUGGCAAUACAAUACCGAACCCAGUUUUUGCCACCGGAAACAGUUUGUGGAUGAGUCUAGUUACGGAUUCCUCUGUGUCUCAUCGUGGUUAUGAUAUCACAUGGACGGCAUCCACGUCAGGGAUGGGUUGUGGAGGUAACAUUAGUGGAAUAAAUGGAAGUCUGACCAGCCCCAACUACCCUGGCAACUAUACAGAGCGUCACAGCUGUCGAUGGUUCAUCACUGCGCCUGCGAGGCGCGUCAUCACUGUCAGGUUUGCUGACAUCAAUAUCUUGGGAAGUCCCGAUUGUAGCCGUGCGUAUGUAGAGGUGCAUAAUGGAAACACAGAUGUAUCUCCAUCGUUUGGAAAAUACUGUGGAAAUGAGCAACCACCCCCUCUCAGGUCUACCAGUAACAAAAUCUUAGUCAAAUUCAUUACGGAUGGAUUGCACGCGGCCCCAGGAUUCCGACUUCUUUAUACAAGUUAAAAGAAUGUGUAUGGUAUAUUGUGCUUUCAAAGGACAAGCCAUUUGAACCAGAAAUUUAAGUUUUUUUUAAUUUUAAAAGACGAAAAUGGCUGUUGAAGACUGUGAUUAACUUUAAAUUACAUUCCAUAUAAAGAAAAUGUGUAACUUCUCAUUUCCAUGUCAUUAAAUACACAACAGUGGUCACUGUUUUCAUAAUAAAUUAAUUGCAUUUUUUAUUUAUGUGAUUAAAAUCAGUACCUUUAUAUUUCUAUAAAGUAUUGUAAUUUAUUACCUAAUCAAGUGAAUUUGUUGUUUUAUUAGAGAUUUAAUAUUUUAUUCUAUUCUGUAUGUGCUUUCAGUUUUUCUUAUCUUUUGAAACCAAUCUAUUUAACUGCUGGUCAAUAGACUGCGAUCUAUUGGACCGCCGGUCAAUAGACUGCGAUCUAUUAAACCGCAACGUAUUUCGGAAAAAAAUGAUCUGGGUUUCAAAUUUAUAUGCAACAUUGCGCAGACGUUAGUGGUGAACAAAUCAUUUUAUGUGACCUUUUGAAUAUUUUUAUAAAAUGAUGUAAGAUUUCAAUGGUAGGAUAUUUUAUGUAAUGAGAGUUACUCUAUGUAUUAAUUUACAAUGAUGGAAAUGCAUAAUGGUAUGGAAACCUGUAAUAUACAAUUGUGGACACUGAAUACUGAAAAUGGAAUUAAUCAUAAAACAAUUAUUUAAUGCCUGAACAGUCAAUAGACCAGAAAAUUUUUCCAUAAUGCAGGGAACAGCUCAGUGUGUUCUAUUGCCCUCGGUCGUUAGCUUUUCCCUGCACCAAGGGAAAAAUAUUCUGGUCUAUUGACUGCUCAGGCAUUAAAUAAUUUAGUAUAAUAUAUAAAUGUAUUUGAAUAAAUUAUUUUAUUCAUUGA